UUCCCUGCAGACACGACCGAGCGAGGACGUGGCGGUUCCACCUUCCUCCCCUCGGCUCCUCUCAAGAGGUGGCUCGCUCGCGCGCUCCGCCCAAAUAUAUAUAUAUACCGAUUUCCCAUGAGGGAUUUCAGUUAAAUUUAUCGUAUUUGUGUGUUUUCGCGACCGUGGAGUGCAUAAGACGCAUUGGUUGUAGGAAAGGGGUUUGAAUGAUUUAUUAGAGAUGACAGUGAAUAGGAAUAUAUUCAUGUGAAGUUCUACACGUUUAUUGCCAGACUGGCGCUAUGGAGUGAUCCAUAGCGGAGUGCAUGCGAAAUAAAAUUGUUUAAUGCUUGUUCCCGCAAGUGACUUUUUCUGCCCCUGGGGAGGGAUAUAAAGCUCUGGAGAUGAUCAGUGUAAGAUAACCAGGAGCAAAGUCUUGCGCUACAGUGAAGACACAGAUCCUUUAAGAUGACGGUCGUGCUAUUGCUUCUGCUAUGGGCGUCUGUGGGCGUUACGUGGGCAUGCCCUCGAGAAUGCCGCUGUUCGCUAGAUGAGCGUGGGCGGCGAGGCAUCCGGUGCGAGGCUGGCGGAAUGAGGGACCCUCUUCCGGUCACAAACAUGGGCGCCGAAACAGAGUUGCUGUUGAUCUCGGCGCCGCCCGGUAAUCCCAACAGCUUCACCCUUGGACCCAUCUUCAAGAACCUGCGUCGCCUGGAGGAGGUGCACAUUACACAUUCAGGAAUCCCGGCUCUGGGCGCCCACUCCUUCUGGGGUCUACACCGCCUACACGUCCUCAACCUCACCUACAACCACAUCUCCGCCCUCAUGGACACGAACUUUCGUGGCGCCGAUGUGCUGCGCCAUUUAGAUCUGAGUCAUAAUCGUAUUCAGUCAGUACCGUCGGCAGUCUUCCGUUACGUGCGGCACCUCCGUACUCUCACCAUAGCCAACAACAUAGUCCCGGAGCUGGUGCCGAGAAUCUUCUUUGGUCUGGCAAGAUUGGAACGACUUGAUCUAAGCCAUAAUCCCCUCGGCGACCUGCAACCGGAGCGGUUCACGGAUGUGCCAGAGUUGCGGCAGCUGUCUUGUGCUGGGUGCCAUCUCAGCUCCAUCAGCAACUCCUUACUGCAGACUUUACCACAAUUACGUGACCUCGACCUUCGAAAUAACCGCCUAACGCAAGUGCCUCUUGGAAUUGCCUCCAAUGCUUUACCCCAUUUGGUCACUCUUAGACUUGACGGAAACCAUCUUUCGUUUGUGGAAAGAGGAGCCAUUGCUGGCUCGCCCUUGACAUCUUUGCACCUAGCGCACAACCGCAUCAGUCGACUGGAGAUUAAUGCCUUUGCUAAUAGUUCUAUUAAGCACCUUGACCUGUCAUACAACCGACUAUCUCACCUGGAGUCCAGUGCUCUCGACGACACCCUUCACCAGCUGCAUGACAUCCAACUUUCAGGCAACUCACUCCACGUAGACCAACUUCUCACCGUGCUGCCAAAGGCCCGCCAGCUUCGCCGGUUAGGACUCGGCGACAUGGGGCUGACGAGACUACCCCCGGAGCUACUACGACACUCACGCCAUCUACAUCACCUGAACGUGUCGGCCAACUACCUUACAACUUUUUCUACAGAUGUCCUAUACAAUGCACCUCACUUACGUUCUCUAGACCUCUCCCUCAACAGCUUCCGGGGGCUGGAUGAUGCCUUCUUCGAGUCGGUGACCAGUGCCACUGAGCUCCGAACGCUUCGUUUGGAGGGAAACCCAUGGCAGUGUGACCAGUGCCACGCGGGUCCAUUGCUUCGGUGGCUCCAGGAUGCGCCUGACCAGGAGUCUGGAUGCGACGAGCCACGUGUGUGGACCUGCAUCAAGUGUAUAGGACCUCGAGGCGUGUCAGGCCUGGUGCUGGCCCUUCUGCCUCCUGGCGACCUCCCUGCCUGUCCUUUCACAACGCCUGCAGCAGUCCCUGCUUGGCCCACCUGGGUGGAACCUUCGCUCGAUGUCAUGACUGAUGAGCCCGAACUGCCUCGAGGCCAACUGACGCGCCAGGAGGACAUUGAUAUUGGAUGGUCGGUGAAAAAAAUGAUGAAAGAAGAAAUCUAUUUGGUGAUCGUAGCAGGAUGUGUUCUCGUUCUCUUGCUUCUGGCACUCAUAGUAGUAGGUAUCGUGCUGUAUAAUCGGCACUCUGCCUUCUACUAUACAUAUGAAGGUGACCCAGCUAAGAAGCAGAAACUAAUGAGGUUCAGAGAAAGCAAGAACAACAACGGCACCCCGAAGACGCCUGCAAAGAGCCAGCUCGAUGCUACCAUCGCCACCAUCGAUGAGAUGACAGACAUUGCCGGAUCCCAAGAAGUUCUAGAGAACGACCAGAUCGACCAAAACCACGCCCCAAACCAAACCCCAGAGAUUGUGAGGAACCAUAUCGAAGCACCUGUUCAAAACCACACUCCCAAUCACACGUCGGCUGUCAACUUCAGCCAUGAGCUGAACCACACUCCAGUCUCCAACAACACUCACACGCCUGUAAUCAACAAUAGCCAGCAACAAAAUAUCCCAAUGGAGACUCGACCUAGCAAUCCAACCCUUUAGUGAGACGUUCCGGUGUAGUAUAUUAGGCGUUUAUGGGUGGAAAAUUAACUGAAGAGAUAUACUUCAGAAAACAAAGAGACUUUCCAGAGUAAGUGUAUUUCCCGAAUGGUCUCAUAGCAAAAUCUUCCUUGAGCUGGCAGGGGUUGUGAAGACUGCGAGAACGAUUGUGGUGUUUCGUAGUCGGGCUUUCUAGAGCCGCGGGGGGACUUGCUCGUGCCGCCAGUGUUUCAAUGUUUCAAAUUCUUGUCGGUGUUCUUGAUGGAAGUUAUGUUCCAUUCAGGCUGGUGAUUAUUAUCUGCUGUCAAACUGAUCUCCAUGGACUCUCCGGCUUGAUAAAAAAAGAUGUUUUAUCAAAUCGAAAUUGUCGUGAAAUAUGUAAAAAUAAAUAAUUAUGAACAUAUAUAAAUAAAUAUAUAUAUAUACCUCUUUCCUUGUGCUUGUGAUGAGUUCUUCAAGAUUGCGUGUGUGUAUGUGCGUGUGUGUUUAUAUGUGCGUGUUCUCCUCUCUCUGGGACCACCACCAUUAUGACCGACAAAUGGUUACCUUGAGCCAAGAAUAUAGAACCCGAGAUUGUCUUCCAAAAACUGAGUUCAUAACUUCAUUAGGCUGGCAGCAGCAGCUUGACCCCAAUUUACUCUUGAGACUUUUUAUAAGUGACCUGAACCAUGAGUUUUUAGUUCCUUGAUAGAUAAUGAUAUUAAACAGAAAAAAAAUGCCUUUCAUAUGUAAGUCUGUGCCGUUCCUACUCUAUAAUGUUGGCGAUUGUGAAGUGGGUGUUUUUGUAUGUUGCAGCAGAAGUGGUUUCGUAUUUUUUCACGUUCUCGUAGAGUUAACAUGCUGCUGUUGAUUCGGGGCCCAUGUGUUUAUCACUCGGAUUUCAACCCAUCCUCAAAAAAAAAAAUCGCCAAAUGCUUGUUAAUCCAGUAGCCGUUAUCACAAUUGAUGAUUGUAAAACACUUUACACAUGAUUCACAACUAAUUACAUUCCAGCUUUUCCUGAACUUUACUUCCUAUGUUCGAAGAACGCUUCUCUAAAUGCUUCACACGCACCGUAAACUCAAACAAUUGUUAACAAAACCAAAACACCAAUUCUAACCUACCCAAGGCCUACAUUAAACUAUAAAAUAUAAUAAUAUUAACUUACAUUUGAUGACAUACUAUUUUUGAUUAUACAGUAUGGAAACGUUGACGAAUGCGUCUUAAGAGGCGGUCAUGGCAGGACAAGCACAAGCUGAGGAUGGGUUGUGUCGUUUGCUUCAUCUCCAGUGCUUCGAAGAUGAGCCUUUAAGCUCUCCUCGGAGUCUGGGGCACUCAAGCAUCGAGCGGAUUUAGUUUUCUUUCUUAACAAGACAGGGACUUUUGUAUCUGCGAAGAGAAUGAUAUAGCCUGCAGUUAAUGACAUAUUUGUUGUACUAGUCAAUCACUUUGUUUUUUAUAAAAUAUAUUAAUAAAUAAAUAAAUAUAUAUAUCUAUAUAUACAACAUAAAUGUAAGAGCUACAAGUGAUUUGGGUGCGUUCGGGACUUUCAGCUCGAACACAGUUUCCUUCAAAUCGACUUGAGAAUGGUCCAGGACGGACCGAAACGUCGUCGUCCCUUCAACUUCUAGUGUGUGGUCUGGUCAACACAGUUUCCUUCUGGCCCGUCAACAACAAACAUAACUCUUGAGGUUGAUGCUAAUUAUUUACUCUAUAAAGCAUAUGUUCUCCUUUCAAAAAAUGUUCUGUGUCAUCUUACGUUUUUCUUAUUCCAGUCCUUAUUUUUUCUGUAUAUACGGUAUGUAUGUGUGCAUAGGUUAUUUUUAUGCUUAUUUUAAAUGUACAAAUUUUAUACUACUCAUGAAUAAUAAUACAUCAGAUAUA